GACUCACUAAGAGUUUUCCUCUCUGUGGUGGAAAAGGCAAAUGUGAAACCAGCUACUGUGCCGAAAUACAAUUACACGGUAGGUAGUAUUUCGUUUCUUCUUAUUUUUUUUCUUAAGGAAUGGGUCAUCGUGGGGAAAUCCUUCGAACGUUACACUCCAUCCUCCUCAUCGUCUAUCUCUGGCUAUGUUGGAUAUACGGGUGGAGCUAUGUUCGUAUUAGGAGUAUUCACACUGGUGUUAGGAGUGACCAUCGGUGCUGGUGGCGUUUUCUUUGUUACAAGACGACAACGAAUUUCUACCUUGGCGUACCAGGUUUUUGAGUAA